ACCAGCUUUAACAUUACAUCGUUUAAAAAAUUUGAUCAAUGAUUUAGGCUACAUUAGAUGUAAAGGAAAAGGACAUUGACCUUUGGCCUGAGGCCUGCUAUGCGUAAAUAUUAAGCAGUGAUGUGCGGAAUAAUUUAAAUAUGCGGAGUUCAAAGGUGAGGGAAACAAAACCGUCCUUGCAGGAGAAAGCCUACGAGUGCAGAAAGAAUGGUUAUCUUCUUUCCUCAAAAAGAAUCGGGACGGGUGCCUUCUCCAAAGUUUACUUGGGAUAUGCAACUCCAAGCAAGAUUUGUCAAAACUAUAAGCUUUCCAAUGACCUCAGAAGCAAAAAACACAACAUGGUGGCUAUCAAGAUAAUCUCCAUAAACCAGUCACUGCCUGAGUACUCCAAAAAGUUUCUUCACAGAGAAAUCCAUGCAUUGAAUGCUACAUACCAACAUCCCAGUGUGAUCCAGCUGUAUGACAUGUUCCACACACUGACGCGAGUGUAUCUGGUGCUGGAGCUGGCCCUGCGCGGAGACCUUCUGGAGCACAUCAACGCCGUGUCCCAGAGCAAGGGCACCCCCGGCCUGUCGGAGGAGGAGGCAUGCGGCAUCUUCCAGCAGAUUGUCAGCGCUGUCAAGCACUGCCACAGUAACCACAUUGUGCACAGAGACCUGAAAUGUGAAAAUAUACUUCUGGAUGAGGGAGGCUUUGUCAAAGUGACAGAUUUUGGCUUUGCAAACAGCUACAUAGACAAGAAGGCGUUGAUGAGCACAUUCUGUGGCUCUGUGGCCUACACGGCUCCAGAGAUUCUAAUGUCCCAAAAGUACAAUGGAGAGAUGGCUGACCUGUGGAGCUUAGGGGUGAUUCUGUAUGCAAUGGUAACCGGGAAGCUACCGUACCAAGAGAAGAACCCCAGGAAACUGGUUCAGCUGUUCAGAAAGGAAUUGCCUUUCCACACACCUGUCUCCUCAGCCUGUCAGGAUCUGAUCGUGAGACUGCUGCAGUGGCACCCCUCAACCCGGCUGCCUCUUGACCAGAUCAGCCGGCACCCGUGGAUGUCUCCCCCUUCCACAACUGACCUUCCGUGCAAGCUGCGUGUAACAAAGAGCGACAUCACAGACAGGAGCAAGACUCCAGAGAACAAGUUCCGGAAUGCGUCUCCCACGGCCAAGACAGGCCGCACUUGUCAGUCGGGACCUGGCACACCGAUCCCCGGGACCACACCUUUCACGCGGAGCAACACCACCCUUGCCGAGGGGCCCCCGAGGGUCCCGGGCGGCCGCCGUCUGGGGGCCAGCAGCACAGACAGCCGUCGGACCCUGCCGAAGAGAGAGGACCGGAAAGAGGAGCCGGCGGCCAGCAUGGAAAGCCCCUACCGUCUCCUAAAGAGGCCCACAGUGGACCAGGUCAGCAACCCCAAUCAGCUCUUCUUCGCCCGGCCUCGGCCGCCCAUGAUGCCCAAGCCCUUCCACAACCUGCCCAACUUCCGCAAGCCCGGCCACAUGCCUCCCCACGAGCUUGGCAAUCACAAGCAGCUGUACAAGCCAUCAGAGAGGCUGCCCCAGAGCACAAGGCCGCCCCGAACUCCCAUGAAAAUCCCCACUACGGGAUUCUAGGGCCU